UCAAGAAUCCCUUCAGUGAAGAACUACAAAAAGAAGAAAAAAGUCUCAUGAUGAACAGCUUAUAUGCACUUCAUGAUAAAUUGGCACAAGUAGCAGGGGAACAUGAAUGUGGCAGCUCCAUUCAAAGAAAUCUUACCGUCCAGGAGGCAGCUGCGUAUUUAAAAAAUUUAGAUCCAGAAUAUGAAAGUGUACUUAACAGAGCGUUACAAUGGAUCUUGAAUCGUGAGGAAGAUGUUGGCAUAAAGUGUCUCAGCAAUGACCCUAAUGAGAUGGAUGUCAUUAAUGUGACAGAUGUGAAGUAUCUGGAAUCCACUAGUCCAAAGAUGUCUUUCAGGUGUCGCUUCCGCCGUGCGUUUGUUAAUGUAACUCACAGGUUAUCAAUAUUGUUUUUGGGUAUAGCAAUGGUUUGGGGAGUCUUGCACUACAUGAAAUACCGCUGGGCAAAAGAGGAAGAAGAAACGAGGCAGAUGUAUGAUAUGGUGGUAAAAAUCAUAGAUGUUCUAAGAAGUCACAGCGAGGCAUGUUCUGAAAAUAAAGACUUGCAGCCUUACAUGCCUAUUUUACACGUGCGUGAUUCUCUAAUACAACCUCAGGACAGGAGGAAAAUGGGAAAAGUCUGGAGUAGAGCAGUUGACUUUCUUGCGGCAAAUGAAUCUAGAGUUCACACAGAGACACGAAGAAUAGGCGGUGCUGAGUUCUUGGUUUGGAAAUGGAUGCAACCUUCUGCAGCAUGUGACAAAAUUUUAGUAAUACCAUCAAAAGUGUGGCAAGGCCAAGCAUUUCAUCUAGAUAGAAGAAAUUCACCACCAAACAGCUUGACACCAUGUCUAAAGAUUCGCAAUAUGUUUGAUCCAGUUAUGGAAAUAGGCGAUCACUGGCACCUAGCAAUUCAAGAAGCCAUCUUGGAGAAAUGCAGUGAUAAUGAUGGAAUUGUUCAUAUCGCUGUUGACAAAAAUUCACGUGAAGGUUGUGUAUAUGUCAAGUGUCUCUCUCCAGAGUAUGCUGGAAAGGCUUUCAAGGCAUUGCAUGGCUCUUGGUUUGAUGGAAAGCUGGUAACGGUAAAAUACUUACGGCUGGAUCGGUAUCAUCACCGUUUUCCCCAGGCUCUUACUUGUAACACUCCACUGAAGCCAUCAAACAAACACAUGAACUCUAUGUCACAUCUGCGUCUUCGGACAGGCACAACUAAUUCUCAGGGAAGUUCCUGAGAAGACUUUCUACAACUGCUAGGACUGUUACUUGCAACAGGAGUUGUCCUGUUUGGCUGCCGUCUUCCUUUUUUAGUGCUUUUUGUAUGUAAUACUUUAAUGAAUUAAAUAAAAGUUUGAACGUUCCAGAAAUCUUGUUUCCAAAGGGACUUAGCAAUGAGGCAGUAAUACUGAGCUGACAAAAAAA